AAAUAUGUUUUCUCUAAAAUGCAGGUUCUUACCAAUGGCAUAGAAGUAAAACUACAAAGGAACGCGCUAAGUGUAAUUGAAGCUCCUACUGGGAACGAGGAGGACGAUGACAUUGAAUUUGAAAAUGUGCAGUGGAAUUGCUCAGAUAUGGCAUCCGAUGAAACUCAAAAGUCUCAUAGAUCAAGGCAUCGAAUGCACAGGCCAACUGGGUCCUCUCACAAGACUCUUAGCCGAUCUCUCUCCUGUGACUCUCAUUCUGUUUCUACUCCAAAGGGGCCCACAAAAAUUGACCUUGGCAAACUUGAGAUUGCUGCAUUAUGGAGAUAUUUGCGGCACUUUAACAUUGCGGAUGCCAUUCCUAACCCGUCCAAGGAGCAACUCAUAGAUGUUGUUCAGAGGCAUUUCCUAUCUCAGCAAUUGGAUGAGUUGCAAGUCAUUUCCGGGUUUGUACAGUCUGCUAAGAGACUGAAAACUGUUUGCAAGUGACAUUCAGAAAAUUAUAUGAGAAGUCGCUGCAUAUCUGUUCCUGACUCUAACAAACUGUGAUUUCACUUUCUUCUCCAGUCGUAUAUGUAAUAUAUGAACUCCGGUGCUUAUCCUUUUAGUUUCAUGGGCCAGUGUCCAAGUCUAUAGAGGUUCUCGUAUCUUGGUACAGUAUAUAGUUAUAUGUGAACCAGUUUAACUCUAAGAAGGCCUUCUUGGCUUUGGUUGAAUGUAUGCUAACUAGUGGAGUGUCCUUUAAAAUGUAUAGUUGUAUGCCCAAUCAAUCGACCAUCAGAAGCUUGCUUUACAUGCGUAUUUUAUCAGAAGUCGAGAAGCUGACUAUGUUAGUACUUAUUAGCUGUACUGUACAGUUAUUAUCUCUUGUUCGAAAUAUAUAUGCGUCCUUAUAAUGUGCGUGAGCCUUUUCAA